AUGGACAAAAAUGGAAAUGAGCGGCACAAAACAGCUGCCAGUUGCUAUGUGUGUACUGAAUCGGGGUUUGUUGUGGUCCUCGCCGGCCGACGCCCUCAAAAAUCGCCCUCAAAGCUGCUCAAAUAUAAAAGCAAUGCGAAUUCCGACGUUGCCGGCGACUAUAAAUGGCUCCAGAAGACCGAAAAUCUCAUUCUGGAGAUGAUCCAGGUGUUUUUGUUCCUCGUUUCUGUACAUUUAGCGGCUUCAAAUGCGAUUUUUGAUCGCAAUUUCACCAAGCCGUACGUUCUUAAGAAGACGUGGGUCCAGAACUUCAUCAAGUUCCAGUACAUCUUUGAAGGGAAGCAGAGGAAGGCGAAGAUCGUACCACUUGGUUUGCAGUUGCGGUCUUGAAGGAUAUUCAGAUCUUUUCCUUCUGCAGGUUGUGUUCCUUCAAACAUCGACGACGGAGAGAUGCUGAAGGUCCACGAGCAGCAUCACGGGCACGACUUCGUCUUCAGCUGCGAAGAAGGCGAAGACGGCGUUCUCAACUAUGAAGCGAUCGGUAGGACAUCCUUGUGAAGACGUCGUUCUAUUGCGGAUUCAGCGUGCGUCGACGCCUUCGGAACUCCGAUGUAUCCUGGAGAGGCUCGCAAACUGAGCAACGGCACCGUCAUUCUUCACUGCAACAUAUUCGGAGGCGCUCUCAAGAAGGUCGUCGAGCGAGGUUCAGACUCUUCUCUGGAACGAUUCCGAAGAAUAAGUUCCAGUGGCUGGAUGCUACUUCAACGAGACGAUCUACGGAGAGGACGAGAAAUGGAUCGAGCCGUUGGCUUCAGUUCAGGCCAAAGAUGACGACGGAAUGACGAUGAAUGCGAGACUGAUGCAAUGCUUCCGACCUCACUACAGCUACUAUGAGAGCCAUGUAGUUGGUGAGAUAAUUGCCAAACUCGAACAUUGUUCGGUAAAAAGUGGGGAAAAUUUUAGGAAGACAGUUUGGAUAUAGUAAGACUAAUCUUGAACACAUUGUGUUUGACGCUCAACUUUGUCCAAAGCUUUUUAAUCAAAAUAAUGCAUUCAAAAAUCUUCUGGAAAUUUUUUGAAUGAUUUAUCUGAAGCCAUAACUGGUGAAGAAAGCAAAAGAGGCACUAAUGAAUUGGUUUAAAAAAGUAUCAUUUCUUCUUUUUCAUUUCAAACCUUUCUUGAUCUGUUUCAGGAUGUGUGAUCGGCCGAAUCGGAGUUUUGGUUGGAGAGUUUGGACAACUGAGGAACGGCGACUACGUGAAGUGCGUCGAGAGCGAGCUUGGAAGUGUGAAGAUUGAACCAGCCAGUCUGAAAGGUGUGGAAGUCCCCGAAGACUACCAAAGCAAGGAUCAACUUCAGACCUUGCCUGCUCACUCGACAACUCCACCAAGGAGCACAACUCAGAAUGGCGUGACGACCGUCGCGCCGCGAUCAUGCAGUGCAACUACGGCCACAUUCUCAAGACCAGUGAGUCUUUUGAACUGAUUGAGAAGAAAAAGCCAUCUUGUUGCAGAAUGUUUGCUCGACGGCCAAGAGCUGCCAAUCGGCCAAGAAAUUUCGGUGUCACAGGGCUGCGUCUUCAUGUGCCAUCCGCAGACCAACGUCUACAUCUGCGACACGAAACUUGACGAGUUCCACAUCGUCGACGAAAGUUCCAACUCGACGGAUCUCCGCGCCGUCUUCCGUCUAUGAACCGAUUCGUCUCUCCCUAGCACCAUAUCUGUACAUGAACUCGAUAAAAUGAAUAGUUAUGUGACCGGAAUGUUGGAAUUUAUCACGAAACAGGUGCUUCUGGCAGCCAAGAUAAGGUCGUUUUUAUUGUAAUCGUCAAUCAAUGCGCUCCCUCUUCUUGCUCUCCUUUUUAGCUGUUUGUUGGGCUGACGCGACUCUAACCAAACACGAUUCUGAUGAUGGGCCGAGUAUCAUCUGUGAGAUUUUUCUUCAUCAAAAUGCAGUAAAAACAUCUCUCGAAAUAUUCUCAAGAACCAAAAAUCAAGAUAAGUGUUUUCAAAGAUAGGCGAGAGUGUCCCUUUUCACAGUCUACUCUUGUGUACUUUUGAACAACUUGAAAUGAAGUCGAAAUAAAUCCACCCAAGCCACGAAAUUUUUCAGUAGACGUAGGACUAUUAAGGUCUAGUUUGCUUAUUUUAAUCAUGCAUCUUUUCUCGAAGACUCGGGAUAGAGCCUUUUAAAAACGCAAAAAAAUUGAAAAUUUUGCUUUUUUGAGAAUCUAAGGAAGUUUUUUUGAAAGAAAAUAUAAACUCCCUCAUAAUCUGUCUUUUGAAUAAUUGAAUUUAGCAUGGAUUUGCCCAGACCCAAUACUUUUCUCUUUCGUUCAAUCAGCCCUUCAGCAGUACCGGACCGUCGAUGACAUUAGCAACUACGUCGACCAACAAGUUAGAGGGUACCUUUUCCAUUCAUCUUUAAAAUCGGUGCCCCUUUAGGGUUUUUUUUCCCCAAAACGAAUACCCAUUCCGCACCGGCUUGUCAUUUUUUUUCUUCCAAAAAGACCCUAUACCGAAUAGGAUCAUAUUUGACCCUACUUGACCUUACUUUUUGCUGUCUUUUUUCAGUUAAAAGACCCUAUUUUUUCUGUCUUUAUUCAUUUUUGUAAGUGUUAAAAAAGCGGUUUUUUCCGGUUGCUUUUUUCAGAUGUUCGUUUAAAGAGUGAAAAUCUCGGGCGGAACACAUUAUUAAUAGAUCAAGAUUUAUUGAUCCAUCCUUUGUGUGCGAUCCACGAUGAAAAUUUGAAAAAGGCAUUCAUCUUUUGAAUAUAUAUUACCGAGGCAACUAUGAACAGACUAAAUAUCCACAUUCCAGGUACAAAGACCAAAUGUGGUUGGUGAACGCGAUCAACUACAGCCGAACGACGGCGGACACUGAUCCGAUGCCAAACACAGAGUCCCAAAAUCUCUGUUUCAUUCAAGUUUGUGCAAAAAAUCUACUUUCUCAAUGAGAAUCCCGAUUGCAGGCACCUUCAGAAAACAUCAUCGUUUUUAUCGCCGCCAUAAAUCCUUCAUAG